AUGGCGCGCGGCCGGCCUGUCGUCCACUCUCCCUCCUCCUCCUCCUCCUCCUCCUCCUCCUCCUCCUCCUCUUCCGAAGGGGAUCCAGACGACGAUGGUGAUCAAAGCCACACGACACUGCCAGUGGUGCCGGUCUCCGGGAACAAUGACUCGGACCCGAACCCUUUCGAGCCCAAUGAUAACAACAACAACGGCGGGGGAACUCAAGCCGCCGCAGUCACUGAGGCGAACGACGGUCGGAGCGCCACUCAAGAAUGUCGUUGUACCUACAGCCUGCGUCCUGGCCGAGACGCACAUCCCGGGUACACGCAUCUUGGUCGCAAGCGCACAGCAACCCAAGUGAAGGAUCAGGCCGGCGAAAAGGAACAAGUCGUCGCUCUCAAGAAAGCUACCAAGACAGCUGCCGCCAACGAGCGAAAGGUGGCGAUGCAGAAGGUCGGCACCCUCCAGCUCGAAGAACACCAGUCUCGCUCGCAAAAGUGGGUGACACUGCGUCUUCCGCCAACUCGGGGCAUCCUUCGCGGCAGCAAGAGGACGCCGGACCCUACCGAUGACGAGGAAGAGGCCGCAAUCAAUGUCGAAGAUGCUGCGUCAAACGUCGAAGAUGCCGACUUCGACCGCACCACAAACAACCUCAACGACAUCUUGAACACAAUCGAGCAUGACAGCGACCUGUAUGAGCCAUACGAGGGUCCUGCUAAGGGCGACGAGGACUCCACUCAGGGCGACGAAGAAGAUGAGGACUCCACCACUCGGACCCGUAGACGUGCCAAAUCGAAGCGGCGCGCACCAAUCUUCUCCGAUGAUGACAACAGAGAUGAUGAAGAAGAUGCCAAGGGAGGUAACCAAGAUGCCGAAGCCAGUGCCCAUGAAGUCAGUAGUGCCGAAGAGGAGAGCGAGAGACCGGUGAAGGCGAAGAAGAAGUCCAAGUCGCAGCAAAAGCGCGAAAAGCGUGAAGAGCUCCGCGAGAUGCUCGACACCGCCAUCGGGUCGAACUCGAAGCGUCCACGAAGUGACACCGUGUCCUCUAGAGGAAACGGCACCAAGAAGUUCAAGCAUGUAGGGUCCGCCAUGCGCAAGAAUUGGCAGAAUGGCACCCCCACUCCUACGACACCUGCUCCCAAAGCGACCAAGUUUGGCGUGUCCACAUCAAAGCGCGCUCCACGCAGCCAAUCAACCCCGAACUGGCUCGAUCACCUCAGCGGCAUCGAGAUGCUUUUCGGACCCAGCGAUGAAGAAGACUCUGGGGCAGGGAGUAGUAGGGCUGCGAAGACUCCCGCGCCGGGCGCUCGAAAAGCGCACAAGUCUGUGGUGUCCGCCUCAAAGCAGCUGCCGCGCGGCGAUGCAAGACAUUCGGCGGGCUCGGCAUCCGCGAUGCCCUCAGGCUGGCUCAAGCAGAUCCUCCCGCCGCAGCAUCUCGAGGAUGACGAUGACGACAUCUUUGGACCUGGAUCUGCGCUUGGCCUUGAAGAUGCAGUCACGACGGCUGGGGCUGGUGUGCGAAUGAAGGGUCAGAUCGCGAUUGAGGAGGAGUCUCCCUCUGAGUCAGAUGAAGGCAAGAGAUCGCGUCAGAAGAAGAACCUUACGAAACCCAUCGGCAAGGCCACUGGGAAUCGUCGCACUCGUACUGCUGUCGCUGACAUGCCUGUUGAGGAGUCUCGCUCCAAGUCCAACUUGCCCUCCUGGAUCAAGAAGGACUUCGAUACGAUCAUGGUGCCAACCAUCGCGAACUAUCUCGGAGCCAAGACAAACCCCAUCAACAUGUCCGAGAACGGCUCUGACGAACUUCUCAGGAUCAGCCAGGAGAUCCUCGGUCUCAUGCGCCCGAACCUCGAUUUCGAGAUUGCAAAGAGCACCAUCAUAUAUACCAUGAUACAGGUGGAGAUGUAUAAGUGGCGUGACGGAUUCCUGGAUGCUGCCGAUGACGCAAUCAAGGCCCAGGUUGCGAUCGAGUUCGGCCCCUCGGCCAAAGCCGCGCAAAUUGCGCGAUGGGCUACCGAGAUGCUUCCGGAGACAAGUGCGGCAUUCUACAAGGUUGGGGAGACCGAAACCUCAAAGCCUAAGGGACGCUUGGGCUCUCCGCUCAUCCUUCGUACCUUUGCGCACCAUUGCAGGUCUACGAAAGGCAGCAUAACUGAUUAUGGGUUUCCGCGUGGUGCAUUUGCAUUGGCCGCAUUUGCGGUGCAACAUGUGUUAUCGAUGUAUACCACCACUGGCAGGCUCAAGGCCGCCUCCGCUGGUUUCGGUAGUGUAGACACUCGUUCCAAGGUGCAGGCAUGGUAUGACCACGUCGUGGAGCCUAUCCUCGGCAAUAAGCCCUAUCAGGAUGCUCUCUUGAAGGGAGCUGCGAGCUUCCUGAAGGCGACUGAUAUGGCUCUCACGAAGGUUUCCUCUAGUGAUCAUGACCCAUGGAGCACAUUUCACCGUGAUAGCUCACCGAUGGAUUUCACCCAUUGA